AUGGAUACCAAUGAUCAAUUUAGCAAACAGGUUAAAUCCGGAACAAAUAUCCAAGAAAAUAAGAAAAGAUAUGAAACUUUAAUGGAUAAAGUUUGUUUAAUGGCAGGUGUGGUAACGGGUAUACUGCAACUCGAGUCAACAUACGGGUUCUUGGCGUUCCUUAUCACAUAUUUGUUCACAAUACUGUUGUAUGUAAUUGGAAUAUGUGGAGGACAUCCAGGGUUAUUCUAUGAGAACACAAUUAGCGAUUUGCUCUUUGACAAUUUUACAAGGGAAUUGAUGGGUUUUAUCAUGGCUUGGACAUUUAGUUUUGCACUAAUAGGGUAG